AUGGAUCCUGCACGGCCUAUAGGAGACAACGAGGUGCGUAUCUUUGUGGCUCUGUUCCCCUACGACCCGGUCAACAUGUCCCCCAACCCCGACGCCGCUGAGGAGGAACUGCCCUUCAGAGAGGGACAGAUCAUCAAGGUAUGGAACCUGUCACAAUAAUCCCAGUGAUAUCCCUGGCACUAUGCUAGAUACUCUCAUCUGAUCUGUCAAUAAUUAUUGGUUGUUGAAGGCAAAAUGUUUCUCCAUGUUAUCUCUCAUCUAUUAAUGAGGUAGUAAGACCGCCAUCUUGUUUCUCUUUCCCCAUCCUCCAUUUCCAGAUCUACGGAGACAAAGACUCGGACGGGUUCUACCGCGGCGAGUCGAACGGUCGUCACGGUUACGUGCCAUGUAACAUGGUGUCAGAGAUUCAGGUGGAGGACGAGGAGACCAGAGAGACACUCCUGCAGCAGGGCUUCCUGUCUACCGCCACAAACAUGGAGAAGAUAGGUAGGCAUAACUGUCAAUCAUAGCACCAUCCAAUCAUCAAAUGGUUUUACAGCUGUCAAUCAUAUCAACAGCCAAUGCCAACAGGGUUCAUCCCACAAGUGCCAAAAUAAACAGGGCCCUUGUCUGAUCCAAGUAACAUACUGUCCAUGUAAUCAAACAAUGAAUCAUUUAAGUACGUUGUAUUUGUGUAGUGCUUUCUGUUUGGUGUCAGCUCUAUGGUUUGUCUAUGCUGUCAGCCUGUACACGUCACUGUAAAAUGGGUACGAACUGCGGUCUUUGGACAGGUGUGGGUAUGUUCUUUGUGGUUUUGUUUCAUGAACUCCCCAUUGUCCGUGGAGUGGACAGUGAAAGGAUGUGAAAAGGCAAUAACAGAAGCUCUGUAGGAUGUGUAGAGUGACGUGACAGAUGUUGUGACUUUCAGAACUGCCAACAGAUUUAAAUGUUCUACUCCUCUCUUUCUAGUCUUGAUUUUUUUAUAUAUAUAUAUAUAUUUUUUUUAAAUUAAACCUUAUUUUAACAGGUAAGUUGACUGAGAACACAUUCGAAUUUACAGCAACGACCUGGGGAAUAGUUACAGGGGAGAGGACGGAGGACGAAUGAGCCAAUAACGACUAGAUAAUAUACUUCAAACUUGAACAAUUUGAAAUGAAAGCAUAAGUCCGUGUUUUUUCAAUCUGUUUGGAGGAAGUCCUCAGAACUGAUUAAACAGCAGCUGCAUCUAGGUUAAUGGAAAACAUACAUUUGACUCAUUAUCGUUUUACUGUUAUUGAGUUGUCAUUUUAAAUGACCCAUGUACUGAGUAAGAAUUCACAAAACUGGCUGAAUUGUGCUAUUUGAUUAAAUGAAAAAGUAAACCAUAGAAAUUACAUUUACAUUUUAGUCAUUUAGCAGACGCUCUUAACCAGAGCGACUUACAGGAGCAAUUAGGGUUAAGUGCCUUGCUCAAGGGCACAUUAACGUCAUUUAGCAGACGCUCUUAGCCAGAGCGACUCACAAAUUGGUGCGUUCACCCUAUAGCCAGUGGGAUAACCACUUUACAAUUUGGGGGGGGGGGGGGGGGGGGUUAGAAGGAAUACUUUAUCCUAUCCCAGGUAUUCCUUAAAGAGGUGGGGUUUCAAAUGUCUCCGGAAGGUGGUGAGUGACUCCGCUGUCCUGGCGUCGUGAGGGAGCUUGUUCCACCAUUGGGGUGCCAGAGCAGCGAACAGUUUUGACUGGGCUGAGCGGGAGCUGUGCUUCCGCAGAGGAAGGGGAGCCAGCAGGCCAGAGGUGGAUGAACGCAAUGUCCUCGUUUGGGUGUAGGGACUGAUCAGAGCCUGAAGGUACAGAGGUGCCGUUCCCCUCACUGCUCCAUAGGCAAGCACCAUGGUCUUGUAGCGGAUGCGAGCUUCAACUGGAAGCCAGUGGAGUGUGCGGAGGAGGGGGGGUGACGUGAGAGAACUUGGGAAGGUUGAACACCAGACGGGCUGCGGCAUUCUGGAUGAGUUGUAGGGGUUUAAUGGCACAGGCAGGGAGCCCAGCCAACAGCGAGUUGCAGUAGUCCAGACGGGAGAUGACAAGUGCCUGGACCAGGACCUGCGCCGCUUCCUGUGUAAGGCAGGGUCGCACUCUCCGAAUGUUGUAGAGCAUGAACCUGCAGGAGCGGGUCACCGCCUUGAUGUUGGCGGAGAACGACAGGGUGUUGUCCAGGGUCACGCCUAGGCUCUUCGCACUCUGGGAGGAGGACACAGCGGAGUUGUCAACCGUGAUGGCGAGAUCAUGGAACGGGCAGUCCUUCCCCGGGAGGAAGAGCAGCUCCGUCUUGCCAGGGUUCAGCUUGAGGUGGUGAUCCGUCAUCCAUACUGAUAUGUCUGCCAGACAUGCAGAGAUGCGAUUCGCCACCUGGUUAUCAGAAGGGGGAAAGGAGAAGAUUAGUUGUGUAUCGUCAGCGUAGCAAUGAUAGGAGAGACCAUGUGAGGAUAUGACAGAGCCAAGUGACUUGGUGUAUAGGGAGAAAAGGAGAGGGCCCAGAACCGAUCCCUGGGGGACACCAGUGGUGAGAGCACGUGGUGCGGAGACAGCUUCCCGCCACGCCACUUGGUAGGAGCGACCGGUCAGGUAGGACGCAAUCCAGGAGUGAGCCGCGCCGGAGAUGCCCAUCUCGGAGAGGGUGGAGAGGAGGAUCUGAUGGUUCACAGUAUCGAAGGCAGCAGACAGGUCUAGAAGGACAAGAGCAGAGGAGAGAGAGUUAGCUUUAGCAGUGCGGAGAGUCUCCGUGACACAGAGAAGAGCAGUCUCAGUUGAAUGACCAGUCCUGAAACCUGAUUGGUUUGGAUCAAGAAGGUAAUUCUGAGAGAGAUAGCAAGAGAGUUGGCUAAAGACGGCACGUUCAAUAGUUUUGGAAAGAAAAGAAAGAAGGGAUACUGGUCUGUAGUUGUUGACAUCAGUGGGGAAAUGACACUCCUAUGAGAUGCUUUGUAUGCUUUCAUGGUUCGUCUUCAAUUGGAACUUGGUUGUUUGUGUUCACUGACUGCCUUUUGCCAAGCCCAAUUUCCUUUUUGGUUUUUCAUCGACUCUGUGUCAUGCAACUCAUUUCCAAGAAGUGCCAGAAGCGUUAGCUAGUGUGAUAAGCUAAGUGCUAUGGACCCAACAUGCACACACACACAAACACAGCAUCAACCACCCAGCCAACUAGAUCAAGCUGACAAACAAUGUAUUUUCAGAUGUUUUAACCCUUUCACUUCUACUUGCUGUGUUCUGAUAGCUGAUUAUUAUUGGUUGGUUUAUAAAAUUGCUUUUUUACGGGCUUCAAACUCAUUCUGUCUCUUGUCUGGUCUGCUUUUUCACGGUUCUGGCGUCUCUGUCUGUCUGUGUUUUUUCUUUUUGGUUUCAAAUUUGGUUUUCCUUUUUUAAAACUCCAUAAAGGCACUCGCUCACACGCACAGCUUCCGCAUCGCCCUGUCCCACCUCCGAAACCGAGACGAUCCAAGAAAGGUGUGUCUCGCUGUCGCUGCUGACAUGGCUGAUUAUCUGGUCUGAUCUCUCUCUCUCCUUUCUCCUUCCCCGUUUCCCGCUCUUACUUUGGUCUGCCUUUUUUUUCUCUCUAUCUCUAUCACUCUCUCCUUGUUGCUUUCUGACCAGAGGGGAUCUGUGGAUUCACAGUAGUCAAUAUAUAAAACGUUAUAAUGAUCUUUGGAUUCACAGUAGUCAAUAUAUAAAACAUUAUAAUGAUCUGUGGAUUCACAGUAUGCAAUAUCCAAAACAUUAUAAUGAUCUGUGGAUUCAAAGUAUUCAAUAUACAGUUGAAGUCGGAAGUUUACAUACACCUUAGCCAAAUACAUUUAAACUAAGUUUUUCACAAUUCCUGACAUUUAAUCCUAGUAAAAAUUCCCUGUCUUAGUUCAGUUAGGAUCACCACUUUAUUUUAAGAAUGUGAAAUGUCCGAAUAAUAGUAGAGAGAAUGAUUUAUUUCAGCUUUUAUUUAUUUCAUCACAUUCCCAGUGGGUCAGAAGUUUACAUACACUCAAUUAGUAUUUGGUAGCAUUGCCUUUAAAUUGUUUAACUUGGGUCAAACGUUUCAGGUAGCCUUCCACAAGCUUCCCACAAUAAGUUGGGAAGCUUGUGGCCCAUUCCUCCUGACAGAGCUGGUGUAACUGAGUCAGGUUUGUAGGCCUCCUUGCUCGCACAUGCUUUUUCAGUUCUGCCCACAAAUGUUCUAUAGGAUUGAGGUCAGGGCUUUGUGAUGGCCACUCCAAUACCUUGACUUUGUUGUCCUUAAGGCAUUUUGCCACAACUUUGGAAUUAUGCUUGGGGUCAUUGUCCAUUUGGAAGACCCAUUUGCGACCAAGCUUUAACUUCCUGAAUGAUGUCUUGAGAUGUUGCUUCAAUAUAUCCACUUAAUUUUCCUUCCUCAUGAUGCCAUCUAUUUUGUGAAGUGCACCAGUCCCUUCUGCAGCAAAGCACCCCCACAGCAUGAUGCUGUCACCCCCGUGCUUCACGUUUGGGAUGGUGUUCUUCGGCUUGCAAGCAUCCCCCUUUUUCCUCCAAACAUAACGAUGAUCAUUAUGGCCAAACAGUUCUAUUUUUGUUUCACCAGACCAUAGGACAUUUCUCCAAAAAGUACGAUCUUUGUCCCCAUGAGCAGUUGCAAACCGUAGUCUGGCUUUUUUAUGGCGGUUUUGGAGCAGUGGCUUCUUCCUUGCUGAGCGGCCUUUCAGGUUAUGUCGAUAUAGGACUCGUUUUACUGUGGAUAUAGAUAUUUUUAUACCUGUUUCCUCCUGCAUCUUCACAAGGUCCUUUGCUGUUGUUCUGGGAUUGAUUUGCACUUUUUGCACCAAAGUACGUUCAUCUCUAGGAGACAGAACGCAUCUCCUUCCUGAGCGGUAUGAUGGCUGCAUGGUCCCAUGGUGUUUAUACUUGCGUACUAUUGUUUGUACAGAUGAACGUGGUACCUUCAGGCGUUUGGAAAUUGCUCCCAAGGAUGAUCCAGACUUGUGGAGGUCUACAAUUUCUUUUCUGAGCUCUUGGCUGAUUUCUUUUGAUUUUCCCAUGAUGUCAAGCAAAGAGGCACUGAGUUUGAAGGUAGGCCUUGAAAUACAUGCACAGGUACACCUCCAAUUGACUCAAAUGAUGUCAAUUAGCCUAUCAGAAGCUUCUAAAGCCAUGACAUCAUUUUCUGGAAUUUUCAAAGCUGUUUAAAGGCACAGUCAACUUAGUGUAUGUAAACUUCUGACCCACUGGAAUUGUGAUACAGUGAAUUAUAAGUGAAAUAAUCUGUCUGUAAACAAUUGUUGGAAAAAUUACUUGUGUCAUGCACGAAGUAGAUGUCCUAACCGACUUGCCAAAACAAUAGUUUGUUAACAAGAAAUGUGUGGAGUGGUUGAAAAACGAGUUUUAAUGACACCAACCUAAGUGUAUGUAAACUUUUGACUUCAACUGUAUAACACAUUAUAAUGUACUGCCAUAGACUAAGAUAUAGGAGGGCUAAAACUCUGAUUGAUGCACUAUCUGGUUAUAGCGUUUGAAUAUACAAAUUGCCCUAGUUUCAUCCUUCAGCAUCCCCUCUGAUCUCCUCCUUCUAUCUGUAUCUCUGUUUCCUGUGUGACUGUAUAAUAUCAUAUCUGGCAUCAGGCUGCUCUCUCUAGGGUUGGCUUUGGUUUCUACAUUUACUUUGGUUGUACUACUGAGUGUGUCCGAGCCAGGAUGACCAGGGUGAAAUGCUUUAUUUAACCUGCUCCUCUCUCCUCACCCAACCCCACUCCCAUACCCAUCUACUCUUCCAGUGGAGUCUGCUGCACUGUGGGAAGAUAGCUUAGACUCAUCCAGUCAAGGUUGGUAAUGUAACCAUUAGUCUCUCUCUCUCUCUCUCUGCCUCCCCAGCAUGAAGGGACGCCUGCUCUAGCGUCCACUGGAAAACCUGCAUGUAUUAGACAAGAUACGCAUGACAUCAUCAUUAUGCGACCUCUGAACCUUUGUCUAACUGCUCAAGUCUCCACUGGAUACCUGCAUGUGUUAUACUAGAUACCCAUGACGUCAUCAACAUGCGACCUCUGAACCUUUGUCUAACUGCUCAAGUCUCCACUGGAUACCUGCAUGUGUUAUACUAGAUACCCAUGACAUCAUCAUUAUGCGACCUCUGAACCUUUGUCUAACUGCUCAAGUCUCCACUGGAUACCUGCAUGUGUUAUACUAGAUACCCAUGACGUCAUCAACAUGCGACCUCUCUAAAUCUGUGUCUGACUUGCUGCGUCAUUCUAACGGGCGGAUAUUAAUUAGCCUCAUCCUGCUUGCCUGUUGAUAACGGUGGUGAUGAUGUCCUCUUCUCCAUCUCCAUGAUCCUCCUAAUGCUGUGUCAUCUAAUGUUCUAAGUGACAUCAUCACUACAUGAACUCUGAAGUCUCUUCCUGUUUUGCACUUACAGUUAUACAGAUACACACACACACACACACACACACACACACACACACUUUCACAUACACUGCAAACGCACACACACACAUACACUUUCACAUACACUACAUACGCACACACACAUAACACACACGCAUACCGACAACACAAACACACAUACAUACACACUUUCUCACUCAUUAUAUGCUGCUGCUACUCUGGUCUUUAUUUCACUCUUAUUAUUAUCUAUCCUGAUGCCUAGUCACUUUACCCUGCCUUCAUGUACAUAUCUACCUCAAAUACCUUAUUAUUAUCUAUCCUGAUGCCUAGUCACUUUACCCUGCCUUCAUGUACAUAUCUACCUCAAAUACCUUAUUGUUAUCUAUCCUGAUGCCUAGUCACUUUACCCUGCCUUCAUGUACAUAUCUACCUCAAAUACCUUAUUGUUAUCUAUCCUGAUGCCUAGUCACUUUAUCCUGCCUUCAUGUACAUAUCUACCUCAAAUACCUUAUUAUUAUCUAUCCUGAUGCCUGGUCACUUUACCCUGCCUUCAUGUACAUAUCUACCUCAAAUACCUUAUUAUUAUCUAUCCUGAUGCCUAGUCACUUUACCCUGCCUUCAUGUACAUAUCUACCUCAAAUACCUUAUUAUUAUCUAUCCUGAUGCCUAGUCACUUUACCCUGCCUUCAUGUACAUAUCUACCUCAAAUACCUUAUUAUUAUCUAUCCUGAUGCCUAGUCACUUUACCCUGCCUUCAUGUACAUAUCUACCUCAAAUACCUUAUUAGUAUCUAUCCUGAUGCCUAGUCACUUUACCCUGCCUUCAUGUACAUAUCUACCUCAAAUACCUUAUUAUUAUCUAUCCUGAUGCCUAGUCACUUUAUCCUGCCUUCAUGUACAUAUCUACCUCAAAUACCUUAUUAUUAUCUAUCCUGAUGCCUAGUCACUUUACCCUGCCUUCAUGUACAUAUCUACCUCAAAUACCUUAUUAUUAUCUAUCCUGAUGCCUAGUCACUUUACCCUGCCUUCAUGUACAUAUCUACCUCAAAUACCUUAUUAUUAUCUAUCCUGAUGCCUAGUCACUUUACCCUGCCUUCAUGUACAUAUCUACCUCAAAUACCUUACUCCCUGUAUAUAGCAGCACAUUGAUCUACUACUGGUACUUCCUGUAUCUAGCAGCACAUUGAUCUACUACUGGUACUUCCUGUAUAGCUCCAUUCUUGUGUAUUUUAUUCCUCUUGUGUUACUAUUUUUCUUUUUAUUAUUAUUUUUUACUCUGCAUUGUUGGGAAGGGCUCGUAACAAAGCAUUUCACGGUUAAGUCUACACCCGUUGUAUUCGGUGCUGUCACGAUCGUCUGGGUAAGGAGUAGUAGACCAAGGCGCAGCGUGUGAAAUAAACAUGACUUUAUUUAAUUAAAGUUCCUAAAUAUAAACAAAACACGAUUCGUGAAGUCCACGGUUAAACAUACCGUCACGGAACAAAAACCCACAACCACAAGGUGAAAACACACAGUAUAAAUAUGGCUCCCAAUCAGAGACAACGAGCCGACAGCUGACACUCGUUACCUCCGAUCGGGAGUCACUCAAUACAACAAUCAACAACCUAGAAAUAGACACAACAGAACUACCAACAUUGAAAUAAACACAUAGAAUGCACACACCCUGGCUCAACAUAACGAGUCCCAGAACCAGGGUGUGACAGUACCCCCCCCUAAAGGCGCGGACUGUGACCGCGCCUCAAAAACCCCAAACAGGGGAGGGCUGGGCGGGCAUACCUCCUCGGUGGCGGUUCUGGCUCCGGCCUAGACCACCACCCUCCGAUACACCCCCCACAGUACCCCUGGUCCUGUCUAGCCCCGCUGGCCGGAGCCGGACUGACGACACGCGCCCCUGGCAUGGUGCGUGGAACAGGAAUGGACCGGAAUGGGCUGGCGACGCGCACCACAGACCUGGUGCGGAGAGCAGGAACGAGCCGGACAGGGCUGACGACGCACCCCGUAGGCCUGGUGCGUGGAGGAGGAACGGGCCUUACCAGGCUGACUUCUCGCACCCCUGGCUUUGUGCGUGGAGGAGGAACGGGCCUUACCAGGCUGACUUCUCGCACCCCUGGCUUUGUGCGUGGAGGAGGAACGGGCCUUACCAGGCUGACUUCUCGCACCCCUGGCUUAGUGCGAGUGGCAGGAACAGGCCGGACCGGGCUGGCGACGCGCACCGUAGGUUUGGUGCGAGUGGCCGGAACAGGCCGGGUCGGGCUGGCGACGCGCACCGUAGACUUGGUGCGGGUGGCAGGAACAGGCCGGACCGGGCUGGCGACGCGCACCGUAGGUUUGGUGCGGGUGGCAGGAACAGGCCGGGCCGGGCUGGCGACGCACCCCGUAGGCUUUGUGCGUAGAGGAGGAACAGGCCGGGCUGGGCUGACGACGCACACCGUAGGUCUUGUGCGUGGAGCAGGAACAGGCCGGGCUGGGCUGGCGACACGCACCGUCCAUUUGGUGCGAGGGGUCGUAACAGGCCGGACCGUACUGGGGACACACACCACUGGCUCUACCCCGGGAACUGGAACGGGCCGGACCGGACUGGUAAUACACCCCAGUACCACUCGCCGUGCCUCUACAUCUCCUCUCCCUACUUUGACCAGUGGCCCCCGUAACCUGGUGGCCUUUUGAAUUCGCCCCUUCUCUGCCUCCGUCAGCCCCGUCGUCCAUGCCCUGUGCCCCCCCCUAAAAAAUUCUUGGGGGUGCCUCUCGUCCCUCCGACGCUGCUCCCACAUCCAGGCUGCCGAUUCCUGGACACGCUGCUUGGUCCUUUGAUGGUGGGUUUUUCUGUCACGAUCGUCUGGGUAAGGAGUAGUAGACCAAGGCGCAGCGUGUGAAAUAAACAUGACUUUAUUUAAUUAAAGUUCCUAAAUAUAAACAACACACGAUUCAUGAAGUCCACGGUUAAACAUACCGUCACGGAACAAAAACCCACAACCACAAGGUGAAAACACACAGUAUAAAUAUGGCUCCCAAUCAGAGACAACGAGCCAACAGCUGACACUCGUUACCUCCGAUCGGGAGUCACUCAAUACAACAAUCAACAACCUAGAAAUAGACACAACAGAACUACCAACAUUGAAAUAAACACAUAGCAUGCACACACCCUGGCUCAACAUAACGAGUCCCAGAACCAGGGUGUGACAGGUGCAUGUGGCAAAUAACAUUUGAUUUGAGUUCACAGUUAACUGUCUGAGUGAAAACAGACUAAACUGGCUGAGUGAAAACAGACUAAACUGUCUGAGUGAAAACAGACUAAACUGGCUGAGUGAAAACAGACUAAACUGGCUGAGUGAAAACAGACUAAACUGGCUGAGUGAAAACAGACUAAACUGGCUGAGUGAAAACAGACUAAACUGUCUGAGUGAAAACAGACUAAACUGGCUGAGUGAAAACAGACUAAACUGGCUGAGUGAAAACAGACUAAACUGGCUGAGUGAAAACAGACUAAACUGGCUGAGUGAAAACAGACUAAACUGGCUGAGUGAAAACAGACUAAACUGGCUGAGUGAAAACAGACUAAACUGUCUGAGUGAAAACAGACUAAACUGGCUGAGUGAAAACAGACUAAACUGGCGUGACUGUCUUAUGUGACCCUCACCAUCCUCAAAGCCAGCCUCUGCUGUUGUUAAUCUUUUACUCUUGGUUCUCCCGGUGAUGGUGUGAAGCUAGCUGUGCGCUGCAUGAUACUGAGUGACUGUUCACUGCAUGCUGACAUGGAAAUUAAAAUGAACAAGGUGUUCCACUCAAAAAUGGUCAGAAAUCUGACUGUAUUUCUGUGUUUCAUUGACAGAUACCAGCCAGUCUGAUGUUGCCAUGGCGAACACGGCGGGCCCUGGUCCUCGCAGGAUGAAGGCCGUCUUUGAUUACGACCCUCGAGAGAGUUCUCCCAAUGCUGACAUCGAGGUGAGCACCAUGCUAUUCCCUGUAACAAAGGCUUGUGUUUCUGAAUCAUCCUGACAGUAAAGUUAUAAUCCUAUUGUAAUCAUGGUCUUCUCUAUGGCCCUCUGCAGGUUGAGCUGACCUUCAGUGCCGGGGAUAUCAUCUAUGUGUUUGGUGACAUGGACGAUGAUGGGUUCUUCUAUGUAAGUGUACCCAAAGAAAACAAUACAUCUAUCUCUCUCUCUCUUUCUCUCUCUCUCUCUCUCUCUCUCUCUCUCUCUCUCUCUCUCUCUCUCUCUCUCUCUCUCUCUCUCUCUCUCUCUCUCUCUCUCUCUCUCUCUCUUUCUCUCUCUCUCUCUUUCUCUCCCUCUCUCUUUCUCUCUCUCUCUCUCGCUCUCUCUCUCUCUCUCUCUCUCUCUCCUCUGUCUGUCUGUCUGUCUGUCUGUCUGUCUGUCUGUCUGUCUCUGUCUCGCGUGUGCAAACAAACACUCUGAGAAGGCUGUAAGUCUUUUUGAAAGUGUUUUAACACCUUAAAGAUGUGACCAUGUGAAUGACGAGGACAUGUUGUUGUUGUUGUUGUUGUUGUUGUUGAUGUAGUAAUGCAGGUGUAGUUGAUAGACAGACAGGCUCGCAGACUAAGGUCAAAGGUUAUACAUGUGUGAUGUGGGUGUCUAAUGUUUAUGCUUUCCAGGGUGACCUGAACGGACACAAAGGCCUGGUCCCAUCUAACUUCCUGCAGGCUGCCCCAGAGGCUGCUGGGAAAGCCCCACCAUUUGACCCCCAGCCUCCGCCUGUAGCCGAGCCCAGGACAGAAUCACAGGUACAGUCAGCACGCUGUUCACCUAGGACACUGUGGACACAGAUGUAUGACGGCCUAGUAGCCAAAACAUUUGUGGCUCAAAGCCUGAUGGGAAAAAAGUUCAAAUCUCUUUUUAGAAUUUGGAACACCCACACAGCAUUUCUUUUUUAUUUUAGCAGGUAAGUUGACUGAGAACACUUUCUCAUUUACAGCAACGACCUGGGGAAUAAUUACAGGGGAGAGGAAUGUGCCAAUUGGAAACGAUUAAGUGGCCAUAUUGGGAAUUUAGCCAGGACACCGGGGUUAACACCCCUACUCUUACGAUAAGUGCCACGGGAUCUUUAGUGACCACAGAGAGUCAGGACACCCGUUUAACGUCCCAUCCGAAAGGCGGCAUCCUACACAGGGCAAUGUCCCCAAUCACUGCCCUGGGGAAUUGGGAUAUUAUUAUUAUUUUUAGACCAGAGGAAAGAGUGUCUAAUACUGGUCAUCCAACACCACUUCCAGCAGCAUCUGGUCUCCCAUCCAGGGACCGACCAGGACCAACCCUGCUUAGCUUCAGAGGCAAGCCAGCAUCGGGAUGCAGGGUCGUAUGCUGCUGGCCAUUUGAUGUUGCAGAAGACUGACAAUAUUUCUAUGCCGUUUUUUAUCGACCAUUUUCCUUUUUAUGUUGUUUUAUUUGUCAUAUCUCUGUCACCUUAUGUCUUUGUCUUUUGGUUAAGUCUCUAUCAUUUCUGUUUUUACAUUGAUUUUUUUUUCUCCUUCUGUUUCCUGCAUGGCCUUUUACAGAAGCAAAAACGAACUGUGCACUUUAAGACUUGAGCGUAAGUGUCACCGAGGGGAUAACACCCUCCCAGCUGAGUGCUAGUAACUACUAACUAGUAACUAGUAACUAGUAACCAGUAACAAGUGACCCUACCCCCUCCACCCUGUGUUACUCUUCAUCCUCAUGUGAGCCUUACCAGUACUAGUCUCCUCAGAUACGUAGCCUCCUGUCCAUGUUCACAAGAUCAGGCCCAUGGUGGCGUGCUGACGAUGGGCUGAGAUUUCUGAACAACGGGGUAUCCUCUGCUUACCCCACCCAACCGUUCUCCUGUAUCCCUGCAAUUUUAGCUUUAGCCAACUAUUUACGCUGAGAGUUAAAUGUUCCCUCUGUUACGUUAGUUCAAUCAGUUCAUGUACAAUCUACAUAACUGACUCUUAGUAGGAUUGUUGUUGAUAGAAUGUUACUUAACAGUUGUAGUUGAUAGACAGGUUCAGUAGAAUCCUGAAUACUUUAAGAAUAAAGAAAGUGUUGUAUUCUUAUACUCUGUUUCCGUGGUUUCCCUCCCCAAGGUGAGACUGAGCAUGUUCCCAGAGGAGGUUCCACAUCCACCCCAACACACAGGGCUGACUGGCCCAGUCCACACACAUCCACCCCUACACACAGGGCUGACUGGCCCAGUCCACACACAUCCACCCCAACACACAGGGCUGACUGGCCCAGUCCACACACAUCCACCCCUACACACAGGGCUGACUGGCCCAGUCCACACACAUCCACCCCUACACACAGGGCUGACUGGCCCAGUCCACACACAUCCACCCCUACACACAGGGCUGACUGGCCCAGUCCACACACAUCCACCCCUACACACAGGGCUGACUGGCCCAGUCCACACACAUCCACCCCUACACACAGGGCUGACUGGCCCAGUCCACACACAUCCACCCCUACACACAGAGCUGACUGGCCCAGUCCACCAACACCACCUACACCUGGUUCCAUCCGCAGCAGCAGCCAUGAUGGAGCCCUCCUCCAUGGACCCAGCCCCAGCCCCAAGGCAAGCCAGCCUCAGCACCUCUCCGCCCCACGUCCCAGCAGAAAGCCACUCACAGACAGACAAAACAGACGCCUCCCCACCAGGCAAGAAAAAGAAAGGUUUCUUCUCCAAAGGGAAGAAGCUUUUCAAAAAGCUGGGAUCCAGCAAGAAGGAUUGA